CACAGCAUACAUAUCAUCUGCUCGAUGUUCAUGACGGCGAAUCUGCUGCCGAGGCGCUUCCACUCAGCCUGUCUCUUCUUCUCUUUCCGCUCUCCUCGCUUCUUCUUCUCCUUCCUCCACUCGCAACGCAAGGUAGUAGCAUACAGCCAUCUCUUCGGGAACCAGCGUCACACAGCAAGCGCUGCUCAGCAACAUGGCUUCUUCUGCUACGACGGGUAACUGCUCGGCCACCACCGCAACGACUUACCUCCUCCUCGACCUCAACGGGAACCUCCACGUAGGCGACCAACCCACCCCAAACGCCAUCGAAGCCCUAUCCCGCCUCUCUGGUCUUGCCCAAUCCACCCUCUCCUCAGGCCGGCAGCUACGCAUCUCCUUCUGCAGCAACUCGUCGAAGGAGUCCACUCAGACCCUCGUGAGCAGGCUGAGGCGGAUGGGAUUUACGGACGAAGAAGCCAUGCCCGAGGGCAGUGUCUUCACGAGUCUGGAUGCGGCGAGACGUUUGCUUGUUUCGGGGCAGAAGAAGAGAAGGACACUCCUCUUGCUGAACGAGGAUGCUAUGCAGUCCUUCCAAGAUGAGGACGCUGAGGGGAGGCAAUCGCGCUAUUUCAAACCUCCCCAAUCUACUCUGCCAGCAGACUUGAACGAAAGCCAGCAAUCCGCCCUCCAAUCGUGCGACUCGGUGCUCAUCGGCCUCGCGCCAGACUUGAUGCGGUACGAAUGGCUCACUGAAGCCUUCCGCGUUUUGACUGGCGAGUACGCUUCGAAGGACCACCACCAGGAGGAACGGCCAGACCCGCUCCUGGUGGCUACCCACUCUGGUCGCUGCCUCCGCCCAGGGGAUGGGGGCCCCUUAGCCCUCGGUCCUGGUCCCUUUGUACAGGCGUUGGCGCAUGCGGCUGAUCUGGGUGAGGACAAGGUGAUCUGUGUAGGCAAGCCGGAGCGGGCCUUCUUUGCGCAAUGCCUUGAGGGGAUGGGCUGGAAGCGUCGAGAGGGAAGUGAAGAUCAGGCGUGGAUCGUGGGCGAUGAUGCUAGGCAGGAUCUCAGUCUUCCUCAGCUCAAGAAUGGGGAAGAGGACCCCUUACAGGGCUUGAAGGUGAGGAGGGGGCUGGUCAAGACGGGAAAGUAUCGCGAGGGGGAUGAGGAGAAGGUGGAGGGCGGUGGUUCAGGGGACGUAGGAGUAUGGGACAGCUUUGCACAUUGGGUUGAUGAUUUUGUUCGCGAGUGGAAGUCCUGUGAUAACCAAUAGAUGCGAUGUAGUGAUACUGCGGUCGAGAAGCUUGCCUGUCUGUCUGCUGAUGAUCAUGAGCUUCCUUGCGGCGAUAGGCUAUUCCUGGUUGACUGCCAGGGCGCGAUCCGGCCCACCGCCCGGCUGUGAGGUUGCCGGGGCGUGAAAUUGGACCCUCGAUGGCCGACGACACUCGACGUCUCGACUUGGACUUGCCUGCGC